AUGACGCAGUCCGUCCUAAUCACCUCCGAACAAGCAUACAUCUUUGCUCUCUCCAUUCUUCAGAACUAUGGAGUGCCCCUAGACCGUGCUGCCAUGGUGGCCGAGUCUCUUGUGCUGGCCGACCUUCGCGGCGUUGACACCCACGGUAUCAAUCGACUGUCCGGAUACAUUGAUCGCAUUAAAUGCGGCGUUCUCGACCCGAAUCCGGAGCUAGAAUUCGACAUGAAGUCGCCAGUCAUGGCUCACUUGAAUGCCCGCAACACUUUCGGGUUUGUGGCCGGCUGCAUGGCUAUCGACAAGGGUAUUGAGAUUGCUAGCAUAUACGGCCUGGCCGUGGUGGCUGUGAAGAAUAGCAACCAUUACGGUAUGGGUGCUGGAUAUGUGCUUCGCGCAAUUCAGCAAGGGUAUGCUGCAAUUGCAUUCACCAAUGCGUCGAGAGCAAUGCCCCCCUGGGGUGGAAAGGAGGCUUUACUAGGAACUAGCCCGCUUGCAGUGGGUGUUCCCGGUGGCAAGGAAGGUGACUUCGUGCUUGACAUGAGCCCGACAGUUGCAGCCCGAGGAAAGAUUCGCAAGGCGGCCCGACGUGGCGAGUCUAUUCCCGAGGGCUACGCACUUGACGAGGAAGGAAAACCGACGACCGAUCCUGAAGCUGCCCUCAAGGGUGUCAUGCUUCCGAUUGGUGGGCCGAAGGGGUCUGGCAUUGCCAUGAUGAUGGACAUUUUCGGAGGCUUGUUGACGGCAUCAUCGUUUGCAGGGGGCGUGAACGAUCAAUACAAAAACACUACUGAGCCCCAAGGGGUCGGACACUGGUUCAUGGUGUUCAAACCUGAAAUGUUCUUGGAUUCUAAGGAAAACCUCGGGGACCGAAUGGAUACUUUACUGGGAAAGGUCCGGUCUUGUGAAAAGGCCGCUGGGGUAGAGAGGAUACGAACUCCUGGUGAGAAUGCUAGCGACAUGGAAAGGUGCAGACGUGUUGAGGGCAUUCCUUUUACCGCAGAUGAGGUGGAAAACUUGAAUCAGCUGGCCAAAAACAGUGGAAGCGAUGCCCUAUUGGUCAAUAGAUCAUAG